AAAACAUUUUGAAAUGAUCAAAAAAUUUCCAAUCUAGGGUCGUGCAACUUCUUUCCAUUUUUCUCAUUUCUCUUUCUCUCUCCUAUUUCGCACUUUCUCACUCCUAUUUUGCACUUUCUCUCUCUCCUAAUUCCCAUUCAUUGGAAUACAUGACAGUAACUUCUUCGUUCUCCGGUUAACUUCUUCGUUCUCCGGUUAACUUCUUCGCAAUACGUGUCUACCUACUGUAGAAAAUUGGCAUAUAUCGUCCUCCAUGGAAGCUUGAAGAUGUAAAGUAGUUCGAACUACUAUAGCAAACUAGCAAUUUCGUCCUCAAUUAAAGCUCGGUCAAGAUUCAAAGUCCUUCAUUGAGUCCGAAAAAGAUUCAAAGUGAUAUUGAAAUCUAGCCCAUGUGAUGGAGAUAACGAGUGAGACAGUGAUUAAGAAACCGAAACGAUUAACUUCGGUUGUUUGGAACCACUUUGAAAGAGUAAAGAAGGCUGAUAUAUGUUAUGCUGUUUGUGUACAUUGUAAUAAGAGGUUAAGUGGAUCAAGUAAUAGUGGAACAACACAUUUGAGAAAUCAUUUGAUGCGAUGUUUGAAAAGAUCCAACUAUGAUGUUUCUCAGCUGCUUGCAAAGAGACGGAAAAAGGAUAACACCGUUACCCUUACAAGCUACAACUUUGAUGAUGGGCAACCCAAGGAUGAACAUAUUCCAGUUGCUGCUAUUAAGUUUGAGCCAGAGCCUAAAAGGGAAGAGGCUAUAUCAAUUGGGAGUAUGAAGUUUGACCAAGAGCGAAGUAGGAUGGAUCUUGCCCGUAUGGUUAUUUUACAUGGUUAUCCGUUGGCCAUGGUUGACCAUAUUGGCUUCAAAGUAUUUGUAAAAAAUCUGCAGCCAAUGUUUGAUAUUGCAACAAAUAGUGCACUAGAGCUUGACUGCAUUGCAAUCUAUGAGAAAGAGAAACAGAAAGUCUAUGGGAUCCUAAACAGACUAAGGGGCAGGAUUAGUGUUGCUGUCGAUCUCUGGAAUUCACCCGAGAAUGCCAGAUACUUGUGCCUUACGGCCCAUUAUGUUGACGAAGAGUGGAAGCUACAGAAGAAGAUACUAAAUUUCAUCAUGAUUGAUGCGGCCCAUACUGAAGACAUACACUCAGAAGUCGUUAUCAAAUGUCUGAUGGAUUGGGACAUUGAGCGACGUCUUUUUUCAAUGACAUUCGGUGACCUUUUCACCAGUGACGAUAUUGUCUCCAGAAUUAAAGAUCAUUUAGCUCAGAAUAGGCCUCUUCUGAGUUACGGCAAACUGUUCGAUGUGCGUUGUGCUGCACAUGCUCUGAAGUUGUUGGUUGGAGAUGCAAUGGAUGCGCUUUGCGAGGUCAUACACAAGAUUAGAGAAAGUAUUCGUUAUGUAAAGAGUACGCAAACAAUGCAGGGGAAGUUCAAUGAAUUAGUCACCCAAACUGGAAUAGAUAACCAGAAGAACUUACUAGCUGACUGCCCAAUGCGAUGGAACUCAACAUCUGUGAUGCUAGAAACAGCAUUGGCAUACAGAGCAGCUUUCUCUCUGUUGCAGGAGCAUGAUUCUGCGUAUACAGCUGGUCUAUCUGAAGAAGAGUGGGAAUGGAUGAAUUCGGUUACUGGCUACUUGAAGCUUUUUGUUGAGAUUACCAAUGCAAUUACCAGCAAUAAAUUUCCAACUUCAAAUAUAUACUUCCCCGAGAUAUGUGAUGUUCAUGUACAGCUGAUUGAUUGGUGUAAGAGCUCAGAUGAAUGUAUCAGAUCUAUGGCUCUAAAAAUGAAAGCUAAAUUUGACAUCUAUUGGAAGAAAUGCAGUUUGUCAUUAGCUAUAGCAGCAAUCUUAGAUCCCAGAUUCAAGAUGAAGUUGGUAGAGUAUUACUAUCCCCAAAUCUAUGGUAGUAGUGCAGAGGAUAACAUCAAAGAAGUCUCUGAUGGUAUUAGAGAGCUUUUCGACGAAUACUCGAUUGGUUCAGUAUCAGUUUCAGUUGAUCACGGUGUUGGAAGCAGUAAUGGUGGUAUUGGGAGCGACUCUAGGGAUCGAUUGAAAGGUUUUGACAAGUUUCUCCAUGAGACUUCGCAGGGUAAAAAUGCAGUUUCAGAUUUGGAGAAAUAUUUGGAGGAACCAGUCUUUCCCCGUAACUACGAUUUCAACAUUUUUACAUGGUGGAAAGUUCACACGCCAAGAUAUCCUAUCCUAUCCAUGAUGGCCCAAGAUGUUCUUGGUGUUCCCAUGUCAACCGUUGCACCUGAGCUGGCUUUUAGGACUGGGGGCAGGGUUCUAGACCAGUAUCGCAGUUCUCUAAGUUCAGAUACUGUGCAGGCUUUGAUAUGCACACAAGAUUGGCUGCGGACAGAAGUAGAAGAAUCUAGUCCACCAGGUCAUAGUGCUGUACCUUUGUGCAUUGAAGCAAGUUAGUCCCAUAGCAUGAGGCUUCAGUUGCUAAUCUCUUGAAUGAUUGGAUAUGUCUGGAUAAAUGAUCUGCAUUUUGGCGUCAUUCUUGAGAAUUGUUACGCGAUGCUAAGAGUUUACUUUUCAUUUGUAGGGUCAGAUGGCAAACUGCGAAUAGAUUUAUGUCAAUCCAGGUCUGGGUGAACAAUUCAGAUUUGCCCUUCUGGGUUAAAUUUCUGAUGUGUUAGAUUUUAGGAUUAGAUAAUUGCUUUCUGUUGGUGGAAAGGUUUUUGUACAAAUUGCGCCUUUCUCUAACUCUUGUGGAGGAUGAUGAUAUAGCAUUCUUAUAAAAGUAAAUUAAUUGUAGUGACGUUUUAUCUUUUGCUUGUGCAUCGUGAAUUUGAGAUCGCUUGGGUACUGCUUACUACCCAAAAGGACUAUGCACCGUAUAGCUUUAAAUAAACGCGGUACUUUAU